AUGGGUAAAAUUCUUAAUGAUAAACUAAAACAAUUCGUAAAAAAAUCAAAAACCAAACAAGAAUUAAUUGAAAAAAUAUUAGGACAUAAUUCUAAUUAUGCAAUAACAAAUCUUAAUAAUAUAGAAAAACUUGCUGAUAUUAUGUACAAUGUUGAUGAAUCAAAAGUAAAAAAACAUAGAAAAAGAAAUGAGCAAGAGAUAAAAGAAAAAAAACUAACAAAAUAUCAACAAUUCAUGAGAGAUAAUUAUGAAGAAGUAGCAUCACAAUAUGAAAAUAGUAUAGAAACAAUGAAAGCAAUUGCAGAUAUAUAA